UACCUCGCUUCCAGCGGCACGUUCUGCUGCAUCCCCGAUAGGAUAACACCAGCAGAGUAGGCGAAAUCCGAGCUCGACAAUGGCGGGAUCGAUGGCUUCGGCCCUAUGUAUCUUCUUCAAAGUACACGGAAGCUGUCAUAGAGGUCAUCUCUUAUUUCCCACUUCUUCUCCUUCUUCUUCAUUCUCUUUGCCCUCACUUGGAUUCUCCACUUGGGGAACCCACCGUUCCCCUUUCUCCGCCUCCGCUUCCACCAAACCUUUGAUUCCGAAAGGCCCCGUGUUUAGCGAAGGGAGGGACGAAGAUGAGCGACGCCUGGUCUGCCCCGGAUGCGGUGUCUUCAUGCAGGACGCCAGCCCCAAUCUUCCCGGUUAUUACCGCAAGAAGGUCCCUACCCUCCGAGAGGAUGAGUUUGAUGACCUCUCCUACGAUUCAGAUGAAUUUGGGGAGGGAGAGAUCGGAGGGUUGUCGUCAAAUUUGGACCUUGAAUUCGAAAGUGAUGACCUUUCUGAUGCGGAUUUGAUGGAAGGAGCGACGGAAGGUGACGAACUGGAUACGGGGAUCGAUUGGGAGUCUGACUGGGAUAUGAAGUUAGACGACGAAGAGGAGAAAUUUAGGAAGGAGUUGGACGGGUUCGCCCCAGCGGGCGUUGGCUACGGGAACAUUACAGAGGAGACGCUGGCGAAGUUCAAAAAGGAGAAGAUUUCCAAGUCGGAGAAGAAACGGAAGACUAGAGAGGCUAGAAAAGGAGAAACGGAGGAGGAUUCAGUCACAGUGUGCGCUCGUUGCCACUCUUUGAGAAACUAUGGCCAAGUGAAGAACGAGAAGGUGGAGAACUUGAUCCCUGACUUCGAUUUCGACCGACUGGUCGCGAGCCGCUUGAUGAGACCUGCAACAAGUGCCCCUGUGGUGGUUAUGGUGGUCGACUGUGUGGACUUUGAUGGUUCCUUCCCUAAAAGGUCAGUGAAAUCCUUGUUCAAAGUAUUGGAAGGAAGCAAAAAUGAGCACAAGAUAUCCAAAUUGCCCAAGCUUGUGCUCGUUGCAACCAAGGUGGACCUUCUUCCUUCACAAGUAUCGCCGACAAGGUUGGAUAGGUGGGUUCGGAACAGGGCCAAGGCUGCAGGGGCUCCUAAGCUUAAUGCAGUUUAUCUGGUGAGCGCUCGAAAAGAUCUUGGAGUGAGGAACUUGAUAUCCUACAUCAAGCAACUUGCAGGACCCCGUGGGAAUGUGUGGGUGAUUGGGGCUCAGAAUGCUGGGAAAUCCACUCUGAUAAAUGCGUUUGCUAAGCGAGAAGGUGUGAAGACUACAAGGCUUACCGAGGCUGCUGUUCCAGGGACUACAUUAGGCAUUCUGAGAAUUCCAAGCAUCUUGCCUUCAAAAGCAAAGAUGUAUGAUACUCCAGGUCUUUUGCACCCAUACCUAAUGUCAAUGAGAUUGACUCGGGAAGAGCAAAAGAUGGUCGAGAUCAGGAAGGAGCUACAGCCUCGAACCUUUAGGAUGAAGGUUGGACAGACUGUUCAUGUUGGUGGUCUGAUGAGGCUCGAUUUGACCCAGGCCUCUGUGGAGACGAUCUACGUUACUGUUUUGGCAUCACCUAAUGUCUCCCUUCAUAUGGGGAAGACGGAAAAUGCUGAUGAGCUAAGAACAAAGCAUUUUGGUAUAAGGCUCCAGCCGCCUAUUGGGCAGGAUCGAGUGACUGAACUUGGUGAAUGGCUGCCUACAGAAAUGAAGGUAUCAGGAACCAGUUGGGAUGUGAACAGCAUAGACAUUGCAGCAUCUGGCCUUGGAUGGUAUUCACUGGGGCUGAAAGGGAAUGCGACUGUGGUGCUGUGGACUUUUAACGGUAUCGAAGUAACGCAGAGAGAACCAUUGGUUCUCGAUAGAGCUCCCUUUCUGGAAAGGCCGGGAUUCUUGUUACCAAAGGCAAUAUCUGAUGCAAUUGGAAACCAGAGCAAGAUGCAGGCGGAGAAAAAGAAGGAAAAAGAUUUUCUUCUAAAUGCCAGCGUCUGACUUAAUUUGUGAUUGUGUUCCUGUGGCUUCCUUCAUUAUCUUUCAGCAUUCUUCCAUUAUGGAAAUCCUCUUACAACAAUGAUGGUGCACAGAAGAGAACAGUAACGUUGAACUAUAUCAGAGUUCUGAAUUCAUUGUAGAUAUUUGCAGAAAGUAAAUGUUGAACUUGGCGCAGGCUUACUUCUGAAAUCAACUUUCCAACUGUCAAAGAUGUCAGUAAGAAACAAAUGACAACGCCUAUUUUAGAAUCGAUUCAAGAUGAAGGCAAAUCAAUCUCAACUGCAACUCUGUUUCGGAGGAUGGGAAUUCAACUUAUUGGCUCAACUUGCUCUAAAUGAAGAUAAUUUUCAAUAGGACGAUAAGACUUAGUAGCAAGGCAAGUGGACCACGAAUGUUCAACGUUUUGACUUUUUCCGAGUCAUUCGCCAUGGUCAACCUUCUUCAAGUCUAGCGUUUUAUGAAACCAACAGUCAAAUGUGUCAGGUUUGCAUUAAAAGCGUU